GGGCGGGCGGAGCCGCAGCCGCAGCCGCAGCCGGGGCCGAGCCCAGCGCAGCGCAGCGGGACAUGGAGGCCGCUCCGGCGGAGCAGGGUCCCGCCGCCCCGCCGCCGCCGCCGCUCCCGGAGCGGAAGAAGAAGCCGCAGCGGGCGCCGUCGCCCGCCCGCCCCAAGGAGGUGCCCGGCUGGUCGCUGGCCAAGAGCCGGCGCGGCGGCGGCGGGGGGCACCCGGGCGCGGCCCCGCGGCUGGCGGCGGGCGGCGCGCACCCGCGGCGGGCGGGCGGCGGCAAGGACGGGCGCCCCGAGAAGCGGGCGGCGGCGGCGGCCCGGGCCGGCGGGAAGGGGCCGGCGGGGCGCGGCGCGCUGCGGGCGAAGGGGCGGUGCCGCGGGGCGGAGACGGCGGCGGCCGGGGCUCGGCGGCCGGGACCGGGACCGGGGCCGGCGGGGGGGCCGGGGCCCGGCCUGACCGACAGCAGCUCGGAGGUGUCGGACUGCAGCGCCUCGGAGGAGGCGAAGCUGCUCUCGCUGGAGCUGGGGCUCAGCGGCAGCGACGGCGAGUCCCCGGGCAGCGCCCCGCCGCCGCCGCCCUCGGCCGGUGAGGCCUCGCCGCUGCCCGAGGAGCCCUCGGCCGCCUCCAUGGCCAGCAGCCGCCUGCAGCUCAGCACCUCGCUCGCCUUCUCCGACCUCACCGAGGAGCUGCUGGACGCCGGCACCGACGGGCUGCUCCGCGAGCUGGAGGACCUGCGCUCCGAGAACGACUAUCUCAAGGAUGAGAUUGAGGAGCUGCGUGCCGAGAUGCUGGAGAUGAGGGAUGUCUACAUGGAGGAGGAUGUCUACCAGCUGCAGGAGCUCCGGCAGCAGCUGGACCAGGCCAGCAAGACCUGCCGCAUCCUGCAGUACCGGCUGCGCAAAGCCGAGCGCCGCAGCCUGCGCGUGGCACAGACGGGCCAGGUGGACGGCGAGCUCAUCCACAGCCUCGAGCAGGACGUCAAGGUGGCCAAGGACGUCUCUGUGCGGCUCCACAAUGAGCUGGAGGCAGUGGAGAAGAAGAGGAUCAGGCUGGAGGAGGAGAAUGAGGACCUGCGCCAGCGGCUCAUCGAGACUGAGCUGGCCAAGCAGGUGGUGCAGAAUGAGAUGGACAAGCUCCGAGAGAAUUCCCUGAAGAAGCGGGGGUCUCGCUCCAUCGGGAAGACCGAGAAGAAACCAUCAGUGCAGGAGGACAGUGCAGACCUGAAGUGCCAGCUGCAUUUUGCCAAGGAGGAGUCGGCCCUGAUGUGCAAGAAGUUGACCAAGCUGGCCAAGGAGAAUGAUGGCAUGAAGGAGGAGCUGCUGAAGUACAGGUCCCUGUAUGGGGACCUUGACAGCUCCCUCUCUGUGGAGGAGCUAGCCGACUCUCCCCAUUCCCGGGAGGCUGAGUUGAAAGUCCACCUGAAGCUGGUGGAGGAGGAAGCCAACAUCCUCAGCCGGAGGAUAGUGGAGCUGGAGGUGGAAAACCGUGGGCUGCGGGCGGAGAUGGAUGACAUGAAGGGCCAGGGGGACAGAGAGCUGCCGGGGCAGGAUGCGCGGUUCCUGGUGGGUGUCUCAGGCUGCGGGGACACAGGGGACACGGUGGCCGAGCUGCGCCGGCACCUGCAGUUUGUGGAGGAGGAGGCCGAGCUGCUGAGGCGCUCGCUGCUGGAGCUGGAGGACCAGAACAAGCUCCUCCUGAAUGAGCUGACCAAGUAUAAGUCGGACCAUGAACUGGACGUGACGCUGUCGGAGGACAGCUGCUCAGUGGUCAGUGAGCCCUCGCAGGAGGAGCUGGCCACAGCCAAGGUGCAGAUCAGCGAGCUGAGUGGCAAGGUGAAGAAGCUGCAGUACGAGAACCGUGUGCUGCUGUCCAACCUCCAGCGCUGCGACCUGGCCUCCUGCCAGACCACCCGGCCCAUGCUGGAGACUGAUGCUGAGGCUGGAGACUCAGCACAGUGCAUCCCCACCGCCGGCUGGAGGGACGGGAUGGGCAGCGGCGAAGCUGAUGGGCAGGACAGGGUGCCCAGUGGUGGGAAGGUGCCCGAUGGUCCCGCCAACCUGCUCAAGCCCAAGGACCUGGAGACUUUGCUGGGCAUCCGGGACCAAGUGGCGCUCGUCAGCAAAGCGAUCGAUGUCUUGAUUUCAGAUGCCAAUGGCUUCACCUCUGGGCUGAAGGCUUGCUUGGACAACGAGUGCAUGGGGGGGCUGCUGGGUGAGGCGGUGGGUAGCGGUGGCGAGAGCCCCAGCGAUGCCAAGCUGAUGAACGUGCUCCUCAUGCGGCUGAGCGUGCUCCAGCAGGACCUGGGCUGCUUCGCGAGGAGGGUGGAUAACCUCACCAGUGGCCUCAGGGAGCACACGGACUCUUUCCCCUUCUCCGGCCCCAGCAGCCACGAUGCCACCAAAGAGGGACUGCAGAAGGAGCAUGCCUCUGACUUCCAGCAGCCUGAUUUUAGGGACACCGACCCUUACCGCAUCCCCCACACCAAGGACACAGACCCCGCGCAUCCCCGGAGCUACAAAACCUGCCGGCCUGAGGAGAACAACUCCUACGCCACUGAGAUGAAGGAGCUGCAGCUGGUGCUGUCGGAGGCCAACGAGAGCCUGCGGGGACUGCAGGAGCAGCUCUCGCAGGAGAGGCAGCUGAGGAAGGACGAGGUGGACAACUUCUCACAGAAGAUCUGCCAGCUGAAGGAGGACCACCAGAAAGCACUGCUGCGGCGGGAGUUCGAGCUGCAGAGCCUGAACCUGCAGAGGCGGCUGGAGCAGAAGUUCUGGAGCCAGGAGAAGAACCUGCUGGUGCAGGAGUCACAGCAGUUCAGGCAGAGCUUUCUCCUGCUCUUCAUGAAGCUCAAGUGGUUCCUCAAGCACUGGCGCCAGGGCAAGAUGGUGCACAAUGAGGGCGAGGACUUUUUGGAGGUAAACAGCAUGAAGGAGCUGUACCUGCUGCUGGAGGAGGAGGAGCUCGCCCCGCAGCAGCAGGCAGACAACAAGAUGUGCACCGGGGACAGCUGGACCCCCAGCACGCCCAACGAGUGCAUCAAGACGCUGGCAGACAUGAAGGUGACCCUGAAGGAGCUGUGCACAGAGCUGCGGGAGGAGCGGCGCGGUGCCAGCGAGCUGCAGCAGCAGUUCACCAAGGCCAAGGCUGCCUGGGAGAUGGAGCGUGCCGAGCUCAAGUGCCACAUCGCCCAGCUGGAGUCGAAGGCAGGCAAAGGGAUUGCAGAGCGCGCGCUGCCUGACUGGAAGGUAGCGUUGAAGAGGGAGCGUGAGGAGCACCAGCAUCUCCUAGCCGAGUCCUACAGCGCUGUCAUGGACCUCACCAAGCAGCUGCAGAUCAGCGAGAAGAACUGGAACCAGGAGAAAGUGGAGCUCCUGGCCCGCUUCAAGGAGGAGCAGCAGCAGGCAGAGCAGCAAGCGAAGGACCUGCAGAACAAAAUCAACCAGUUGCAGAAAGGAGCCAACCCAUGGGCACUGAAGCACUCUGAAAUGGAGAAGCACAGCAGCAACUGGAAAGAGGCUCUCAAUGAAAAAAUCACAGACAAAGAGACAAUUUCUGAGGCAGAAGCCAAGGGAACCAACCUCAAAAGGACCAAGUCCGUUUCCUCCAUGUCAGAGUUUGAAAGCUUGCUCGACUGUUCUCCCUACCUCCCUGGAAAAACCACACCGGGGCUGGGUGACCAUUCCCGGGCCAAAAAGGCGUCUGCAGCUGCCCAGUUGUUGCCCAGCGGGAUCCGGGACAGCACCGGCGUUCCUCCCUCAAACUGUACAUAUGUGAAUAUUGAGCAACCUUCCCCCGACAGCCUGGCCAAGGAGAAGGUGGGCAUCUCCUCCUGGGACUACUCGCGGGCAAGCAGCCUCUCUGGGCAUGACCCAGCCCAGAAGCAAAUGCAGAGGAGCUACACAGCGCCUGACAAGACGGGGAUCCGCAUCUAUUACAGCCCCCCCGUGGUGCGGCGGCUGGAGGCACCUCUGGUGCACAACAAGGAGGGAAAGAUCAUGAUCGAACCUGGUUUCUUGUUCACCAUGGCCAAGCCGAAGGAGCCGGAGGAGUCAGCCAGUGCUGAGAGCACCUACAGCCAGUGGCUGUGCAACUUCUCCAAGCAGCAGCGAGAGCUGCUGGAUGGUGGCACGGUGGAAAGCACAGUGCCACCCGUGCCCCGCUUUCCCCCGUCGCUGCACGACCUGGAGAUCUCUGGCAACAUGAGUGAUGACAUGAAGGAGAUCACCAACUGCGUGCGGCAGGCCAUCCGCUCCAGCUCACUGGAGAGGAAGGUGAAAAGCACCUCCAGCCAGACAGUGGGGCUGGCCCAUGUGGGGACACAGACCAUUCAGACGGUGAGCGUGGGCCUGCAGACCGACCUGCCGCGUGGCAGUGGUGUGCAUGGCAAGAGCUGGUCCCCACGCAGCUCCUCCCUUGUGUCCGUGCGCAGCAAGCAGAUCUCCUCCUCCCUGGAUAAGGUCCACUCCAGGAUUGAGCGGCCAUGCUGCUCCCCAAAAUAUGGCUCUCCAAAGCUCCAGAGGAGGUCUUCCUCCAAGCUGGACGCCUCCAAGGACAGGAGCCUCUGGAACCUGCACCAGAGCAAGCAGAACGGCUCUGCCUGGGCUCGCUCCACCACCACCCGUGACAGCCCCGUCCUCAGCAACAUCAAUGACGGCUUGUCCAGCUUAUUCAGCGUGGUAGAGCACGCAGGCAGCACCGAGUCCAUCUGGAAGCCAGGCUGCCCUGAGAGCAGCAGGGCUAAGCCUGAAGCCCCCAAGUACGGCCUCGUGCAGGAGUUCUUCAGGAACGUCUGUGGGCGGGCACAGAGCCCCACUGCCCCUCCGGAGAAGAAGGAAGCCACCGGGGAGGAGGGCAGCAAGAGAGCUGAGCACCCCAGCCCAGCCGCCCACCACCCAGCUGAAAACAUCUCCCGUGUCUUGAACAAGAAAGUCCUCAAGCAGAGCAGCUGCGAGGACCCCAAGCCCUCAUCCCCCGGCCAGGGGAGUAAGGAUGCAGCCCUGCGGGACCCCGACCUCAUCUCGGCUAUAGCCAGCGAGGACACGGCCUGUGACUGCAGCUCCCAAUCCCUCACUUCUUGCUUCGCCCGGCCAUCCCGCUCCGCCGUCCGCCAUUCCCCCUCCAAGUGCAAACUGCACCCCACGGACCCCCCCAGGGCGGAGGAGAAGCUGGGGGUCUCGAGUGAGUGAGGACAGGGGACCGGGGGACGCAGCGUGCCUGCUAUCCACUCUCCUGCUGGAAGAGCACCCGCGCUGACACCCACCCCGCGGGGGCCCCUCUCGGAGGCAGCGCGGGCGCAUCUGUCUCCUAACCGUCCCCUCGCCCCCGGGGACGCUUAGGAAGCAGAUGUCGGAGCCGCAGGCUGCCGGUAGCCCCGGGGCACGCGGGGAUGUCCCGCCGGGGUGGCUGCUUCACCUCCCGUCUGUGCGGAGACCUGCUCCCUCAGAGCCACUGCCAGCACUGGGGGGUCCUCCCCGGUGCCCACCACCCCGGGAAUGUCAGCUGAGACCCCACCGUGCGAGGGCUCGCCGGGGCCCCGAGAAGGGGAGAGCAGCGGAGGGAGGCUGCUCGGGUAGACAGGGCAGGGCUGGGGCGAAGCGCGGCAGGGAGACCGUGUGGGUGCGAUGGAUGGAGGCGCGGUGCCGCGCUGGCCCCCAGGGCGGAGGGUGCUGGCUCCGGUCCCUGCGGCCGCUGCCAGCGCUGCCCGCCCUGCCCGAGCCCCGGCGCAUCCCUGCCAGCCCCGAUUGCCGUGCGGUUGCAUCAGCCACGGGGCUGCGCGUGCUUCCCCGGGCAGGAAGGAGGCGGGGAGGGUCUCUGCGGUCACCCAGGCUGGGCUGGGUGGGGGGCCCUCCCUGGCCACCCUUUUGCUCUGGGGUGGGGGGGCAGCUGCGGGCCUUCACUGCUGGGAAGGGUCCAGGCAGUCCCCCUGGCUCGUCCAGCUGCAGAGACGGCGCUGGGUGCUCAGCGUGGGGGGAGGCAGCGUGUGCCUGCGUGUGUGUGUGUGUGUGCCUGUGUGUGUGUGUGUGUGUGUGUGUGUGUGUGUGUGUGUGUGCGCGCGCGCGCACUCGUGCGUGCGUAUCUCCUGCCGCCAUCCCGAGGGGCCACGGCUGUGGUGCCCCCUGCAUUGCACCCACCUCCCUGCCUGGGGCCAUUUGUAGUUAUUUGCUCCUCCAAGUGCUGAAUAUACUUUUUUUUUUUUUUUCCCCCCCUCUACUUUUGGCUCUGCCCAACUCCGGACAGCCUGCAAUGUAAAACCAAGUGCAUUUUAAAAAUACCGAAAUGAGCUAUAUUGGAGAUGCACCAAUUGGAUUAAGAGAUUGUGGGUUGGGAGGCUGCAGUAUGGCCAACGGUCUGCGCCAUGCGUCCCUCGGUCACCACCAGAAAAAGCCUUAGCCAGGGAGGGAGUGGGGGCAGCAGCCACAGUCCUUGUGGUGGUGCAGAGCUCCUGGAGCCAGGGGGCUGCAUCCCAGCCCCAUGCAGAGCAGCAUUGUUGCCUCUGCAGCCCCAGGAGAGAACAGCAAUUUCAGAGGCGGCUGCCUGACCUAUUUUCAGGCUUGCCUGCCGGGGCUAUUCGCCCAGGUGGAGCUGCCUGCAGGUGCCUGUGCCUCCUGGGGCUCUGUGCAUUGCUCAAGGGCUGUGUAUCUUGCUCUAGGGGCUCUAUACAUUGCUCCAGGACCUCUGUGCAUUGUUCUGGGGCUCUGUACACUGCUCCAGGGGCUCUGUACACUGCUCCAGGGGUUCCGUACACUGCUCCAGGGGUUCCGUGCAUUGCUCUGGGGCAGUGUAGGCUGCCCCAGGGCCUCUGCGCGUUGCUGUCAUCUUGCAGCUUCACUUUAAAAAUGCUCCUGCGGCCGAAGCUGCUGCCCCCUCCCGUCCAGCCGCACACUGCCCGCGGCAGGCAGGCUGCAUCACUGCCACGUCGCAGCCUCCGUCAGCAUCUCCGCGACGGCCACUCACUGCCUGUGUCUCCGGACACACCAGCAUCAGCCAGGGCCCAGCCGGCCCAGCACCGAUGGCCUUUUGCUCCUGCAGCGCCUGGCCGGCCCCACGGGGACCCUUGUCACCCGGGUGCGGGACGCGCGGGGCAGGCGCUGCCCACCCUCACCAGCAGCCGGGGCCAGGCAGCAUCCCUGCCUGCCGUGAAGUCAGGUCUCUGCACCCCGGCAGGCGCAGCACUGCUGCAGGCGAUCUCCUGCUGUACAUAGAUCCUUUCGGGGUGUUUUUUAGCAUUUUCAUUGGUAAUGGGGGUUUUGGGUUUGUUUGUUGUUUUUGUUUUGUUUUUAAAAGACUCUCUACAUUUGGAAUGUG